CUUCAGCUUGAAGAUGCUCUGGCAGAACGGCUCUUCACAUAUUUAGGGUGGGGAGAUUUAACUAAUCUAAAAUUAUGGGGGGUGUUCAGAGCUUCAGGGAGAUGUGUGAUCGCACAAAAAAUACCAACAUUCGUCUGAGUCUUCCUGCGGUUUGUGUGGUGUGGGAAAUAGCCAUGAUCAUUUUAUUUGGAGUCUUUAUCCGAUACAACUGGGAAUCAGAUGCACACUGGGCCGAGAGCAAGCAUAAUUUAAGUGACAUAGAGAAUGAUUUCUACUACAGGUAUCCAAGUUUCCAGGAUGUCCAUGUGAUGAUUUUUGUUGGAUUUGGUUUCCUGAUGACGUUUCUUAAGCGGUACAGCUUCGGCGGGGUGGGGUUCAACUUCCUGAUCGCUGCCUUCGGCAUCCAGUGGGCUCUGCUGAUGCAGGGCUGGUUCGGCUCCCUGGAUUACAGUGAUGGGAAGAUCAAAGUUGGAGUUGAAAACUUCAUCAAUGCAGAUUUCUGCGUGGCCGGCUGCUUGAUCGCCUACGGAGCGCUGCUGGGUAAAGUCAGCCCGGUCCAGCUGUUGGUCCUGACUUUGUUUGGGGUUACACUUUAUGCUGUGGAGGAACAUAUCAUCAUCAAAAUCAUACAUGCCAGAGAUGCUGGAGGCUCCAUGGUGAUCCACACUUUUGGAGGUUAUUAUGGUCUUGCCAUAUCGUGGAUGCUCUACCGACCAAACCUGGACCAGAGCUCUCGUCUGCAGGGCUCAAAGUACCAUUCAGAUGUCUUCGCCAUGAUUGGAACCCUCUUCCUGUGGAUGUUCUGGCCCAGCUUCAACUCAGCCAUUGCGGGUCAUGGUGAUGGGCAGCACAGAGCCUUCAUCAACACCUACCUGUCUUUGGCUGCAACUGUGCUCACCACUUUUGCUCUUUCAAGCCUCUUCCAGAAACAUGGAAAAUUAGACAUGGUUCACAUCCAGAACUCCACCCUAGCUGGAGGUGUGGCAGUAGGAACAGCUGCAGAGUUCAUGCUGACGCCUUAUGGGUCCCUUAUUGUCGGCUUCUGCUGUGGUGUUUUGUCCACGCUUGGAUAUGUCUUCAUUACGCCAUUCUUGGAGAAGCACAUGAAGAUCCAAGACACAUGUGGGAUUCACAACCUUCACGCCAUGCCAGGAUUCCUUGGGGGUGUUGUCGGAGCCAUCACUGCAGCAGCUGCUUCAGAUACGGUCUACAGCCAUGAGGGCUUGGUGAACACCUUUGACUUUAAAGAUGAAUUCAAGGACAUGGUACCCACGGUUCAGGGAGGACACCAGGCAGGAGCCCUCUGUGUGGCUUUGAUCUUCGGUAUAGGCGGCGGCAUCUUGGUCGGUGCGGUCUUAAGAUUACCUAUCUGGGGUGAUCCUGCAGAUGACAACUGCUUUGAUGAUGAGGCCUACUGGGAGGUGCCAGACGACGAGGAGAACAUCAUACCAAACAUCCAGUACAACAACCACAUGCAAAACAAAGAUGUGUGAGUUUAUUUAUCCAUCAAAAAUGUUCCACUUGGAAUCAAAUUUCAGCAUGGAUCAGGAUUCCAGGCCUCGGUCAUGAGUGGAAGCUGAUUUCAUCACGGAUUCUUUUGGAUUUCUUCACAUUCCUGCUGGACACACAUUUUCUUAAACACCAAAGAAAUGUUAUAAACUGAGAUUGUGAACGU